AUGAUCAGCCUCACCAAGUUUGUUAUCCUCGCUGCGGCGGCCUUCGGCUCAGUCCAGGCCCUGCCCCAGAGCAUGCCCUCCUCGACUAGCACCGCAGCAGCACCUCCAGCACCCACAGCCGACCAAUCCCAGCUCUUCCGCGACCUCUUCAGCGCACCAACGGCCAUCAAACGCUUCCAACGUCUCCUCGUUUCAGGCCAAGGCGACACCCUACUCACCGGCGACGCCCUUCGAAAACUCACCGUCUUCUCCUUCAACAACGCGAUUCCAGCCCCCAACGCAACAGGCGGCGCAACAAAAGCCGCCAACAUCGAAACCUUCCCGAUCCUCACCGGCCUCGGAAUAAGCACAACGCUCGGCUUCCUCGAGCCCUGUGGCAUCAACACGCCGCAUGUGCACCCCCGCGCGACCGAGUUUCUGACCCUCGUCGACGGCGCCAAUCUCAAGUUUGGAUACGUCCUCGAAAACGGGCUCGUCGGUGCCGGUCAAAACCCCGAAAUCGCCGGCACUUUGAACAAGUUUGAAGGCACCGUGUUUCCGCAGGGAAGCAUCCAUUUCCAAUUCAACGACAAUUGCCAAAAGGCGACAUUCGUUGCUGCGCUGAACAGCGAGGAUCCGGGGACAAGCCAGAUCGCGCAGAACUUCUUUGCGCUGAAUGCGGGAGUUGUUAAUGCUACGCUGGGCUUCCCGAAGACGAUUGAUGGGAAGAACAUUGAGGAGUUCAGGAAGUACAUUCCGGCCAAUUUGGCGCAGGAUGUGGAUGUUUGUCUUGCGAGGUGCAGUAAGCAGUACUAA